UUUUUAAGAGGGAAGAAGCAUCAGCCUUGAGCUUGCCCUGGUAUUCUGUAACACCCCCCGUCUCUGCAUACAGAAGGACUAGUCCACCAGGAGGUGCAGUCAAGGCUGACAAGGAUGUUACCUCAGUUGCCAAGAUGGGAGCAGGUAGCGAAGAUUGCAGCAUGUGGCUGGCGUGGGUUGCUGAGACAGAGGGGGGUUGCUGGGCAAGAGCCAUGGGGUGCCUCCUCACAGCUGACCUUCGUCACCAGUCCGUGUGUUCGCAGGAGAGGUCCUCCUGAACCAGAAGAAAGCAAGCAAAAGAAUACUGAGCCCCUCAAAGAGUGGACCCUGGUUGUUAGCCCCUUUGGCCAGCUGAAAGUGCGGCUCCCUUGUCAUGUCACAGUGGGCCCACUCGACCCGCAUAAGUACCCUGAUGCUGACAGGGUAUUUGUUACAGUGAGUGGACAGAACGCCAAUCCCUGCCAUGGUGCAGACCUGGAUAAUGUGCGUGUGAAGUAUGACACAGAGCAAAAAGAGAUGGCAAUCCUCUCAGAUGACAUGGACAGUACAGCCUCUGUGGACGUGAGGGUCCCAGUAAAAUUUGACUUGGAUAUCAAGACAUCAGGGGAUGGCUGUGUGAAAAUUGAAAAAAUCGAAUGUGAAAGCUGCAGAAUAGAAACAGAGAAAGGAACUAGCAUCUUACAGUCAAUAAAGAGUAAGAAUAUUGACAUUCAAGCCAAAGGAGGCAAAGUGAUCAGCCUGGGAACACUUCAGGGAAAUGCCGAUAUCCACGUGUCACAAGAAAGUAGUGUGGAUAUUGAAAAGAUACAAGGGUCCACCGUUAACAUUUCUACCAAGGAUGGAUCAUUAAAAACCAAAUAUCUUUAUGCAGAGUCUUCAUUUCUGUCUUCAGCAGCUGGUGAUAUUAUCAUGGGGAAUGUUCAUGGUACUACUACCCUUCAGACUAAAACAGGAAACAUCACAGUAGAUUCUUCAGAAGGAUUCCUAAAAGCUUCCACAUAUCAAGGGAAGAUUGAUGUUUAUACGAUUAGUCAGGAAGGGGAAGUGGACCUUAAGUCUCAGAAUGGUUCCAUUACAGUCAAGGUACCUGCCACACUUAAAGCGUAUCUGCACUUAUCUGGAAGCAAGAUUGACGUGAGCCCCGAGGUCCAAUUACAGGGGACCCAGAAUGUCUCCAGAAGGGGCAGCAUAACAGUUACUGGCCAUCUGAAUCAAAGGAAGGAAAAAGAAAAAUAUAUUAAAGCCGAGACACAAAAUGGCACAGUUCAUCUCAAACACCAAACCUGGUUUCAGUCUGUAAAGCUGAAGGCUCCAUCCUAAAGGUUAUUUAUCUAUGUGAAUCACAGAACCAUAAAUAAAGAUCAUGGUAACUGUAAAGAUUACAGAUUCAGGUGGGUAGCUGUGUUGGUCUGAAGCAAUAG